AGCAAGAGUCAGAGAGAGUAUUAUAUGGCACAACAGAGUACAAUCGACGUGUAGGAAAGAAGAAAAAAAUAUAGAUAGAGCAAAUCGAAUAGUACAGCCUAAUUGAAUUUAGUUUUUAAAAAUUUGUGUGGUUUGUUUUUCGUUUUAUCCGUGCACAAAGUGGUAGUUGUUCAGUGUGUGUGUAUGAACAGUGAAUAUAACUAUCAAUUUGUUACAAAUUGGUUUCAUUUGGAGUAAUUCGUGUUUUAUAUUUUGGGUGGAAACGGCGAGAAGAGAAAAUAUCAAGUCACGGUUAAAUUCACUCAUUUAACAUUGGAAUUCUAUUCAAUGCAAGCGAAUUGUUUGUGUACAACAAGUGCAAUUGAUUGAAUAAAUUAGAAGAAAAGUAUUUCGUUUCGAUCUAAUCGAAACAUUUGAAUCAGUUCGUGUGUGUGUGAGAGAAACAGAGAAAAGAAAAGUUGCAACAUAAUGACCAGCAGUCGUAAAGAGAGUGAGCGUACAAAAUUCAUACAAGAAAAAUGUCAAACUCUAUUGUCAUUAAUGCUACGUGAUGAGGACAAUAAAUACUGUGUGGAUUGUGAUGCGAAAGGUCCUAGGUGGGCAUCAUGGAAUCUUGGUGUCUUUUUGUGUAUUCGUUGCGCUGGUAUUCAUCGAAAUUUAGGUGUUCACAUAUCGCGCGUAAAAUCUGUGAAUUUAGAUACAUGGACACCAGAACAAGUUGUGUCCCUGCAACAAAUGGGCAAUUCACGAGCUCGUGCUGUUUACGAAGCACAAAUGCCCGACAGUUUUCGACGGCCCCAAACUGAUUCAGCACUGGAAACAUUUAUUCGUGCAAAAUACGAGCAAAAGAAGUAUGUAGCACGUGAGUGGGUUCAACCACCACCGGUAAAAGUCAAUUGGGACAAAGAGAUCGACGAAGAAAUGGAAAAACAAAAGCGUAAAAAGAAGGGAUUACCGAUAACAACAACAACAUCAACAAAUGGCAAAUUGGAUACACCAAAAUCAACGCCAUCAUUUAAAUCGACUCCAAUUCCUGCACCUUUGCCCAAACCAACGGCCAAUUCAAGUAGUCCAAAAACAUCAUCACGUUCUACACCAAACAGUACAAAUGCAUCGAUAAAUGCUGAUAAAAGUGUGAACGACGUUAAAUCGUACAGUUCCGAUUUGCUUGGAUUGUCAACACCUGUGAAUGGACCCCCAUUAUCGUCAUCAAACGAAACAAAGCCGGCUGCUGAUAAUUCAAAUGAUAUUUUUGGCUAUUUUAUGAGUGAAACGACAGCAAAUGGAAAAACCACAUCUACGGUGCCAUCAAUAAAUACCAAUUCAACGAAAAUUGAGUCAACGUUAGCACAACAAGAGCAUGAUUUUUUCAAUCAAGUACCGAACGAAAAGGAAAAGGCCAAAAUGACAAAGGAUAGUAUUUUGGCAUUGUAUGGUGCAGCACCAACAAUACCACAGCAAACAAAUCAAUUUAUGCCAGGAAUGCAAUCGAUGAACGCAACCGACAAUGGAUCUCUAUUCGGUAUGCAAAUGCCGUACCAACAACAGCAACAACAACCAGCUUUUGGCAUGGCACCGGCCAGUGGUUUGAAUAAUUUUGCACAAUUCGGAAUGAUGCAACAAGGCGGUCAACCGCAAAUGAAUUUCCAAAAUUCAAUGAUAUUGCCAGCAACGACAAAUCAAUCAAUGGGCUUCUCGAAUGUACCUCAAAUCAAUCCGUCGCUACAAUCAUUCCAGCAAGGAAAUGCCGCGACCAAGACCAAUUCAUUUCCAAAUGCGCCAAAUGCUAAUGUCAAUCAACAAUUCGGCAAUUUAAAUUUGGGAAACGUUUGGCAAUAGGUAUUUAGAUCAUUGUGAUUAAAUUCGACUAUACACAAAAGUUUGAAAGCGGAAAAACAAUUUCUUUCCACAAAUUAGGAAUUAAAGUUAGGUGACAGCAGAGAUGAAAAACUAAUAAUAUUGUUAGAGAAAAAUGUAUACACAAUACAACUACAAAUGAUUUGAAUGAGCCGAUGUACGAAUUUAUGAGGCGAUAUGAGAAAGAAGUUAGAGUAAAGAGAUACAGACAUGUUGUGAGAACGGUGCAAUUUGAAAAUGUUAACUAUUAUUUUCGUAGCAAGCACUUUUAAACUUAUAUAGACUAAAAACAAAACAUUCUACAAAAGAUCAAUCAAUUUUUAUUUCUUUGUUCUUCGGUGAAGUAAUUUCAAUUGAUAGAACAUAAAAAUAACAAUCAACAUCA